ACCAUCUUAGGUCUAGGGAGAAAGACCGGAACUUUCCUCCGCAAAGUUCUUCCAUCGGAGCUCCAGCGCGACACUCGCUAAUUACGUUCGCCGACUACUUCCGGAUUCUUCAAGCUCGGCUCGAUCCCCACUUGCAGAGGCUAUAUUAUUCGAACGUUGUGAACAUGUCGGUCGAUAAUGAUAAAGAUUGGACCCCUUAUAUAGACAUGGAAUUUAAUACGCUUGAUGAGGCUUGGGAGCAUUGGUGCCAUUAUGGAAAACAAGUUGGGUUCUCGACAAGAAAGAGUUUUGUAAAUAGAAGCAAGCUGAAUGGAAAAGUAACAUCAAGGGGAUUUGUAUGUUCUAAAGAGGGUGUCCGUCAAGAAGACAAACGUAGAGUUCAUAGCAACCAUAGAGAUGAGACAAGAACGAAUUGUCAUGCAAGGUUAUUUGUUCGAUUGAUACAAAAAAGUGGAAAGUAUAUAGUAUAUGAUUUUGUUGAUGAACAUAAUCAUCAACUUCAUCUUCCACAAACCACGUACAUGAUGAGAUCGCAAAGAAGAAUAUCUGCAGUACAGGCUCGCACCAUUGAUUUAGUACAUAGUGUUGGAAUCAAGCCUACGAACGCGGAUGAAUUGAUGAGUAGGGAGGCUGGUUGGAGGGAUAGCCUUGAAUACAUUGCAAGUGAUCAGAAUACUUAUCUUAGAACAAGACGAGAGAAAGCUAUGAAAUAUGGGGAAGCUGGCUCCAUCUUAAGGUACUUUCAGGAUGAACAAAUUAAAAAUCCAUCCUUUCAUUAUGUGUUUCAAUUGGAUAAUGAAGAGAAAAUUACUAAUAUUUUUUGGGUUGAUGCAAAAAUGAUUGUUGAUUACAGUUAUUUUGGGGAUGUUGUCACUUUUGAUACUACAUAUGGUACUAACAAAGAUUUAAGACCUUUAGCCGUAUUCACUGGAUUUAAUCACCAUAGAGGUGUAGUAAUAUUUGGCGCUGCUCUUCUUUAUGAUGAGACAGUAGAUUCAUUCAAGUGGCUUUUUAAAAGCUUCUUAGAUGCACAUAAAUGCAAAUGGCCUCAAACAAUUCUCACAGAUCAAGAUGCUGCAAUGGCUAGAGCAUUGAAAGAUGAGAUGCCUAACACUUUUCAUGGGCUAUGUGAUUGGCAUAUAAUGCAAAAUGCUAUAAAGCAUUUAGGUAAUCGUAUGAAGGAUGGUGAUUCUUCUCUGCUUAGGGAUUUUAAACAGUGUAUGUUUGAAUAUGAAAGUGAGACUGAAUUUGAAGAAGCUUGGAAAAAAUUAAUUGAAACGUAUAGUUUUCCAGAUUCGAGUUGGCUAGAUGAUAUGUACAAAUUGAAAGAAAGGUGGGCAAGAUGUCAUUUGAAGAAAGCAUUUACUCUAGGGAUGCGGAGUACUGAAUUAAGUGAAAGGUUGAAUGCCGAUGUAAAAAAUUAUUUAAGGUCAGAUGUCAACAUAGUUGAGUUUUUUGAACAAUUUGAGAGGGUGGUACAACAGAAAAGAGAGAAGGAGCUGUUAGCAGAAUUUAACUCAAGGGAAAAAAUGCCUACAUUAUCUUUAAAGAGGUCCCCUAUAUUGCAACAAGCAGCCCGGGUGUACACGCCUAUAAUAUUUCAGUUUUUUCAAAAUGAGAUUGAUUGUUUAUCAGCAGCAAAAAUAAAAGAUCGCGAUGACAGUAAUCCAACGAAGAAGUACUUGAUUGAGCUUCUUGAUGAAGUUGGAGAGUAUAUUGUGUUAUACACUCCCUCAAGCGUAACAAUCACUUGUAGUUGUCGACUGUUUGAAACUUUUGGCAUUUUGUGUUGUCAUACAUUGAAAGUCCUUGAUCAUCUUGAUAUCAAGUCAAUUCCAAAAUCUUACAUUUUGAAGAGAUGGACUAGAGAAGCAAAACUUGGAUACACUGCGGAUAAUGAGGAGAUUGUGGAAGGUAAUCAUAGCUUGGAAAUUACACAGAGGUACAAGAGGAUUUGUCCAAGAAUGGUUAGACUAGCUUCUCGAGCUAGUGAAGACAAAGAAACCUUUGCAUUGGUGGAGCGGUUGCUAGAGGACUUGGAAAAACAAGUCGACAAUAUUUUAGUGUCAAAAUCAGCUCCUGAUCAUCCGGAUAAACCAGCUGAGACUUUGAAUUUAUCUCAAAAAGGUGGGUCAACGGAAAAAGUUAAAGGACUUAAAAGGCGGAUAGUUCGUAAUGGUGGUAACCAACCAAGAAGUUUUAUGGAGUUGAACACAAGGCAGAAAGCUAUGAAAUCAACAGAAGAAUCUUCUACACAUCAAUCUCCUCAGGAAACUCAAAGUCCAAAUGCACCUAUUUUGCAAUGUUCUUCUGAACAGAAUGUUCGAGAAAUGGAAACUCGAAGCCCAAAUCCAAUGACUCGUUCUAGUUGUACUCCUCAGCAUAACGUUCAAGGAUUGGAUACUCCAAGCCCCAAUGGUGUAGCAUGUUAUGGUCAUAAUCCCCAACAGAAUGUUCAAGGAUUGGUGCCAUUAAGUAUAAUGGGGCAAACUCAUCCUGGUUAUUAUAUCAAUCAACAAAGCAUGCAAGGGUUGAAUUUUGGAUCUAUUCAAAACAGAGAAUGAGUGUGUUUGGAUCUUUUUAAGGAGCCUCGAGAUGGUGUUCUACUCAGAUCUAUCUUAAAGUGGAAGGACGCUAAUUCAAUCCCGUAGUUGCGAAAACAUGUCAAGUUUGAUCAUGGUGUGUUUUUUCCCCUCCUUUUUUAAGUGUUAGGUUUUAGAGGAUUUAGUUUAUUUGAGUUUCUCACAUCAUUUUUGUUAUAGAUAUUAUUUUUGUUAUGGAUAUUAUGUUGUUGACUGGCAUAUGCUAUGAGCAAGGAUUGCGACAAAAGGUA